AUGUGCGGCAUGUCCUUCAUAUCCAAAUGUCUUCUGUACGGGACCGCCUUCCAUCUAUGGAGCACCUUCGUGCUGGUACGAUUUAAUGACGAUACGGACGACGAUGAUCUACCUCCUGUGACCAAAUCCGGGGAGACAGCCUCGGGCCAAACCUCGAGAAGCGGAAACAUCACCGGGAAAAAGGUCGAAAACGAGGGUGUGUUCAUACCGCUUUCCUGGUCUCAGUUGGAAGAAGGCCCCCUAUACACUCCAUCAGAUCCAGAGUGGCACGAAUUUGCGAAGUUGUCGGAGGACCGGGAUAAGCUUCAGAAGAUUAGGGAUGAACUCGCCGACAUCGUCUUACAUAGUGCGGGCAGCGAGAUAGCACAUAUGCUCGGGGAGCCCCUCUCCCUAACGGGAUUCUGGCUUGUCCACCAGUUUCCAAACCGUGCCCCUCCUGGAUAUGUGCGAUCAGGCUUGGAGAUUAAAGAUGGCAAUAUAUCAUGGGUGACAAAGCCGAUGGACCCUGAUAUAGGUGACAGGUUACAGUUCUUCAUGAAACCGGUUCAUGUUGCUCUAGCAAUCAGAGAUGCGUAUCUGGUACUAUUUUUAAGGCAAAUGGAGCGUUUCAGGAACCCCGAAGGGGGGUCGCUGGGUGGAUUUGAUCUCCUGAAUGAUUCUUCUACUGCGCCUGGUGACGAAAGAGGGAACUGGAUUGGCCAGAACGAUCAGUCUAAGCUACAACCACCUUUGUCCGACGGGCUCAAGGAAAACGUGCCGCCUAACACCGAAAAUACUAACUACCACCCGUCCUCCGUCAUAUCUUUAUUACAGCGGCUACCGUUACCAGACCUCGGCCCGGGGUCGGAACUGCACUUGGCAUCACAGGCAUUCAAAUUACGAUUGAACCAUGAAGAGGCCCUAACACUAAAAUCUGCUCGUCGCGGAGCGUUCUUUGUCGGGGGCCCAGUUGGGUUGAAGGGGCCUAAUGGGUUUUGUCGAUUUGAAGUGCGAGGCGAGUAUAAUCCAGCCAACCGUGAAUGGCGAGUAGUGGAAAUAUCGCUAAAGGAUCUGAACAUGAAGAGACAGAGGGCAUUGGGAAGUUGA